AUGUCGGCCGAGCAAAAGGAUGGAAGGACGGUGGAAGCCUCGACGAGGUCCAAGCAGAUCAAGCUUAGCGAGUCAAACGACUCUCUAAGUAUCAAGACAAAAGAUAGUAUCGAGGAGCUGCAAUCAAAUGUUCGACGGUCUCCAAGAUCGCCAGUGCUUCUCAAAGCCAAGAGAGACUCGGAAAUCCCUCCAUCGCCAACCCGAUCACCUAAAUCACCUCGCCGACGACUCACGAAGAAGCUCACCGUCGAUACGAAAAGUGCUGAGUCUAACUUUGAGGGAUCAAACCGACCACUGAGUCCCUUUACCAGCGGUGGAAUGCUUAGGAAAGCAAGCGUACAGCCGCAGACAAUUCCUGGUUCAUUCAUCGAGUUCCGACCAACAGACGAGGAAGAAGGCAAGGGCAAGUCGCAGGAGCGUGGGACAGAAACUCUGGCAAAGACGCAGAAAAGUACUCUCAGGACGUCGGCAGAAGAGCGAGGAGGAAAGGGAAUCAUUGGGUUCUUGGCAAGACGGUUUACAAACGAAAAGAGCACCAAAAGCGACGCGAACGACGCGAGUAGGUGCAUGCCGGGUCGUGAUAACAGCUGA